AUGGAUAAUAAUGUUAGACACAAACUCAAGGCAGAGCAGCUUGACGUUCCAUUGCUGCUGCUUCUGGACUGGCAGCAUUUGUAUAACAGAGCUAUACGCCAAGCUUCCCGACUGCCAAAACUUGAGGCCCCUCCUGAAGCGUCGGAAGAUGUGCAUGAUACCGGCCCCACUGACGAGAAAAGCCGUGAAGGAAAGCAGAAGAAGAACAACGGCAAGCGAUCAGAGCAGGAGGAUGCCGACUACGACAUGCUCCUGGCGCAGGUGACCAAGUCCAAGACAGCUGGAGUGGAUCGGGAGCACAUCGAGUUUGCUGAAGAGAGGCUGCGGGAGAUGCGAAAGCAAGGAAUGCAUGUCAACGAGGGCUGCAACAAGGAAAAUCUCCGAGAGCUGAUGCAGUGGGGCAAGGUGACUCGAUGUGAGAGCACUGUGGACAACGAGCCAUGCAAAGCCAUGCCCGACUGCCCCUGCAACGAGGAAGUCAACUGCGGCGAGGUUCUGCAGAUCGUCCCGAAUGCAGUGCAGCAAUGCCUCAGAGAGUUCGGGCCAGAGGGCGACCGGGAACUCUUUGACGAGCUCUCGGGUUCUGCCUCUGCGGUGGAGGAAGGCUCUGUCUGGAAAGCCGGUGGCAAGCUAAUCUUCAGUGCUUUCGACCGAAAUCAGUCUGUGCAAGCUCUGACGCGCAUGUUGAACAACGCGGGCAGGACCCGAUGCGUUCGGAUGCUGAUGCAGAUGGUCAAGUACAGCGAAGCGGAAUACGGGGGCUACGUCACUGCCAUUCAGAUCAACUUCCACCUCACAGGCGAGUCUUUCCAUGCCCAGCAUCGCGACAUCUACAGCGCCAAGCAGCGAGCAGGCCCUAGUUGCACGUGCACCUUCAAGAAGUGUGUCGGCACCGUUUGCUACACCGUGGGCUCCAGUCGCCAAUGCUUGCUGGAGACCAUGACGGAUACGUUCUCCGCCAUAAAGCCCUGCGGUGCCGAUUGCACCGGGCGUCGCGAGCGCAGAUGGCUUCAUAGCGGAGAUGCAAUGUACUUCAACGAAGCGUGGAAUGCGAACCAUACGCAUGGAAUCCCUGCAAUGGAGAAUGGCCAGGAUACCGGCCCCCGCAUCUCGGUGGCGUUCCUGCUGGGUGCCGAG